CCCAAACCGUUCCUGUCUUUCAGGGCCAGGGGGCUGAUUUAAGCUCACAGAUUGACAGCCCCACUAAUGAUGCGGCCCGGAGCUAAACCUACCCCACUAACCACGAGCUUCGACUUCCCCGGACCGGACGCCGACCCAAGCACGUCAGGAAGCUAGGAGCUUCGUCUCUCACACAGAUCACACUCUCAACCUUCAUCUUCCACUCUUGAACAUUCCCAUCAUUCGCCUUACCACCGCUACGUACAGUCGUCUAAGUUGCCGUAUCUUACUCUCCAUCAUCGUCACCGACCGAAUCUCACCACUCAAAAAAUCAUCUACCUACACCCGACCAACCUCAAGCCACCUACCAAACUAGUCAACCAACCGGUCCUCAAACCCCCUCCAGCCGCAGCCAAAAUGUCAACAACACCUCCCGCCCCCUCAGACUCCAGCACCCCCAACAACCCAAAGUCAACAACAGCAGGCACCCUCCUCCCAAACGACACCUACCCCUUCCCGCGCGAAUUCUUCUUCCCGCCCUUCUUCACCCGCCAAACCAACCUAACGACGCACCACGCCCAACUAACCAAAUGGUCCUCCCUCUUGCUGUCUUACUGCCGCCACCACCGGCUCUUUCGCGUAUCCCUGUCGCCUGACACCCUUCCCUUCAACAACCCGCGCAUCAACCGCCGGCUGGCGUUGGGUGAUAUCAAAGGGGUAGUGGACUUUUUGAAAAAGGAUGGACGGGCUGAGUAUGUUCCUCUUGGUCAGACCAAUAAAAAGGAUGGGACGACGACGACGACAAGAGGAGGAGGGGGAGCUGGUGAGCAGGAAGGCGGGGAGGCGUUCAUCUACUGGCGGACACCAGAGGAAUGGGGGACAUUAAUUGAAGGAUGGGUGGAGGAGACGGGGCAGCGCGGGAGCGUGUUGACGGUUUACGAGCUGAGGGAGGGUGAGGGGACGAGGGGGACGGAGAUUUGGGGGAUGGAUGGGGAUGUGCUUGUCAAGGCGCUGGGGACGGUGGUCAAGAGGGGGAAGGCGCAGAUUUUUCAGAGUGGGGAGGAUUCGUUGGGAGUUAAGUUCUUUUAG